AGCAUCCACCACGAACGCGGUGUUUGCCGCACGGCCUUCUCCUUCCUUCGCUUUCUCUCUCACAAGCUUGUCCGUCAUCCCUCUCUCUGUCUCUCACUCUCGACGAAGGUGUGCGAUGGCCCGCCCGAGCACUGGUCUGUUGCUGGCCAUUGGGCUCGUUUGCCUUGCCCUCUCCGCCGCGAUCCCGUCCGUCUAUGGUCUCCGCCGGCUGACAUCGGGUUGUGGCGGUUGUCCGUCGUCCUGCGACACGGCGCUGAAGGGCUGCGAUUUCUACUUUUAUGGUCACGAGAACAACGUGCCGAAGAUCAAGCUCAUCCGAAAGGGAGACAAUACCAUCUACGUCCGAUGCGGUCAUAUUCUGCACCGGGUUGGGUACGACACCCGCCCAGUGAAGGUUGUGAACUCGGCCAACUGCGCGAUUCUCCAGGGGCAGACGUGGAACACGAAUGCGUGCCAGCAUCGGCUGUAUGGCAAUGGCAGGCACCUCGCGUCUCGCGAGUUCAACGUUGGCAAUCCCAGCGACUUCCUGAACGCGUGCAUCAAGGUCCAGAUCAGCGCGGCGCAGUACCAGGACGGAGGAAACUUCAACAAUGGUCACAAGAACCCUCGGGCCUGCAUCGUGGUUAAGACGGAGAGUACCUUCGGGUAAUUAACUCUUACUGGGGCGGCGCCGCUUUCUAUUUAUUCAAAAUAGGAUGGUCCACUGAUUGGGCCCGUGCGGCUUUCCAUUUGACAUCCGCACGGGCCCAAUCAGUGGACCAUCCGUAUUUUGCUGAACCAUUUUUUGUUAUAGAAUUCAUAGUUAAUAGGACAAGCUCUAACGAUUUGAAGAGGGGGGAGGAGAGAGAGAGAGAGAGAGAGAGAGAGAGAGAGAGAGAGAGAGAGAGAGAGAGAGAGAGGUUUGGAUGAUCUCUGAAUCAAGGACAGUUUACGUU